AAACACAAACACCAGAGAAGAAUAAGAGCAGCGAACUGUUUCCGGUGGCGGAGGUCUUAAGAGUACAGGUGAUCAGAGAUUUAACACCGUUACACGUUGCUUGCGUCACACGUGAAGAGUGACGUCAUCUGGACAAUAUGGACCUGAGCUCUGCUCGUUCUGAGGUGAAGCAGAUCCUCCUGAGGGUUCGUCCGGCGGAGCUUCAGGAGUUGCUGAAGUGGAUCAGAACUUCAGAUGAGCUCGAUGACUUCCUAUCUGACAACAAGACCAAGAUCCUUCAGAACAUCUCCGACGACCUGAGAGCCCGCCUCCCGCUGGACGCCAUGCUGGCCUCAGAGACCGCCGCACAUGGCAAGAUGUCCCAGUGUUCUCGGCCUACGGUCCACGUUGACGGGUUCCUGUACGACGAGGACCUGGUGGACUCUCUGUGUGAGGAGGGAACCAUGAGCCGGUCCUACUGUCUGAACUGUGGAUCUACCAGAACCGCCCCGCUGGACUUCAUCUCUCACUCGUUCUCCAUACCGGAGCUCCGGUUCCUGUUUGAGAACGUUCUGCCGGACCUGAGCGGCCGGCUGCUGGUGGACGUGGGCUCCAGGCUGGGAGCGGUUCUGUACGGGGGUCAUGUGUUCAGCUCAGCCUCGCAGCUCGUUGGUGUGGAGCUCAGUGAGGAGUUUGUGAAGCUGCAGAGAGACAUCAUCCAGAGAUACACACUGACUGACAGGAUACAGGUUAUCCACUCUGACGUCUGUCAGCAGAACGUUCUGCUGCAGAACGCUGAUGUUCUCAUCAUGAACAACGUGUUUGAGUUCUUCAUGGAGCCGAGUCAGCAAGUCACGGCUUGGAGGUUCAUCAGGGAGAACUUUAGGAAGAAAGGCUCUCUGCUGGUCACAGUCCCCAGUCUGCAGGAGAGUCUGAACCCACUGCAGCAGGAGGUGCUGCCCCUUGGCUGGGUGGAGGAGCUUCCUGUGGACUACGAUGGUUUUGUGGGUGGGGACACGGACACCGACGCACUCACACAGAUCCACCUGUACAGGGUCAUGUGAUCCAGACUGACACGGGUCAGAGUCCUGGUCCUGGUCCUGGAUCACAUCACGAGGACCAAACUGGACCUGCUGAACGUCUUCAGACACAAACAGACUUAAACAGGAAACACGUUACUGAGAGAGACAUUUACUGAAAAACACCAUCAGAUACCAGACCAGACUGAUCUGUUCUGAACCGGUCUGAUUAGGUCUGAACUGGUCUGAUUUGCACUAAAGAGGAACCUGCUGGUUCUCCUGACUGUUUGCUGUGUGACUGUUGAACAUCUGAUGAACCAAACUCUGUCAGUCAGAGAUGAAAAGAUCAAUUUAUAUGAAGCCAAAUUAAAAUAAAUAUUUUUCAAGA